AUGGAGGAUAGAAAACCAACUUCAAUAUUCACUGACCAGGACCAAGCAAUGGCAAAUGCUAUACUGGAGGUGAUUCCUAAUACAAGACAUAGACUUUGUAUAUGGCAUUUGGAGCAAAAUGCCAUAACCAAAUUUGGAGCUCUUAAAAAAGACAAAGAAUUCAAAUUUGCAUUCAACCAGUGCUUAAAGAUGUGUGUGACAGAACAAGAAUUCGAAGCAAAGUGGCAAGCAAUGUUGCAAAAAUAUGAGUUGACAGAACACUCUUGGUACAAAAGAGUGUAUGAGUUGAAAGACAAAUGGUGUCCUGCCCUUUGUAGAGAUUUCUUUUCAGCAGGGAUCUUAUCGUCAGAAAGGAGUGAAAGCACUAAUUAUGCCAUAGGAUUCAGAGCAAGUAAAGCAACUACUUUGACAGAAUUUUAUACCAUAUUUAAGAAGACAACUAAUCGUUGGAGAAGCACAGAGAAAUAUGAUGAGUUUACCUGUAGCAAGUCAAUAGCAUUCACUUCAUUGCCUCUAUCUGGAAUGUUAAAGCAUGCUGCACAGGUUUUCACUUUAUCACUUUUUAGAACUUUUGAAGAGGAGUUUGGAUACUCUAUGGCAACAACUGUUCAAAUGUUAGGCAGUAAUGAAGAAUGCCUACUUUAUCAAGUAACACUAGAAGACAAGCCAUGGUCUGCACAUCAAGUAAACUAUAUACAAGAGAGCCAAACUGUAUGGUGUACUUGCAAAAACUUUGAAGCAUCUGGAUGGUUAUGUUAUCAUUGCAUUAGAAUUCUACAUUUGCAUUCGGUAACAAGAAUACCAGACAAGUAUGUUUCAAAAAGAUGGACUAAGUUAGCAAAAACAGAGGCAUGGGAUAGGUUGAAGAAUCAGGAUCCUAAACAGCAAUAUAUUCCAUGGAGGCAAACAAUGAUGAGGAAAUACUACAAUCUAAUCUUAAAAAGUCAAGAAAAUGAAGAGACAAGAGCAUUUAUGGAAGAAAGAUUCAGAAACAGUCUUAAAAUGGUGGAAGACUUACUUGCUAGUGCUGCUCAGAAAGAAAGUGCAGAAGCUGCUUCUAACAUUCCUGAUGUGGCAGACAACACUCAAAGCAAUACUGACACUUCUUCAGCAUCGAGUACAAGCACAUGUGUACCAAUAAUUCUUGUAACUAAAAGGGGUGUAACAAAAGGAAGAAGCAAGAGAGAAAAAGGAGGACUUGAAAAAAGCAAGAGAAAAAGAAAACCAGCACUGCCACCUCCAAAUUCAGAAUUUGGAUCAAAGACACCUAACUUACGACUCUUUUAA